AUGCGCUCUCAUUCAACCCUCGUAGCAGCUCUGAGCCUAGGGUCAGCAGCUCUGGCACUUCAUGACCAAUUCCCUGUCAACACUGCUGAUGAAACUUGGGUUCGACCCUUGGAUAUCACCAACUUCGACAAUGAUAAACCACAUUCAGAUAGUUUCGGUUCGAAGACUGAGCAAUGGAGGUUCGACGAAGGUCCUGCCGAGAACGCGACAGCAAACUUGAUCUUCGACACUGUCCAUUCAUUUCUCCAACACUGGCCAAACACUCGGUAUCGUAAUGGACAUAACAUAGUACCAGGAGUGAUUCCAACCGGUACUUUGUUGUAUCGCGGCACCAUCCGCAAUACAGUACCCAACCCAGAGCAUUCUCUUGUUUUUGCUCGUGGAAAGGAUGGGGGUGGUUGGCAGCUCACGCUGGCAACAACGCGACCUCUCAAGGUCUUGUACUUUGAUGGAAGUAGUGCCGCCAAGGUAGCCGAGGGUACAAUGGAUACGCAGGAUAUAAUAGCCUGGGGAGAAGUGCAACCCAAGCGAUUCUUUGAUGAAAGAUCACGGAUUGAAGAUCUCUGUGCGUGGGGAAAGGAGUUCGGAAUCGACGGUUUCGCGAGGAUGGAAAUGAACUUUGAAGUUAUGUUGUGUGAUUUUACGGCUGGUAUUGAGCUAGUAUCUUUCUUGUAUAUCCGACUUUCACCGACGGACGAGAACCCUUUCCCUCCUUUCCCUCCUCCACCGAAAUCUGAGGCCCGAGUUCACAGAUUCGAAGUCAUGCACUCCGGCUCGUGGCACAAUCGCUACCCAGGAGAUUCUCGCAUUGUUCUCGACCUGACUGGUCUUGUCUCGCUGUAUGAUACCGCACUGGCACCUUCCCUCGUCCCGGUUCGCGAGGGGCUUGAACGGUGGGACCACCGGGUGUUAGGAAUAUCAUCAAACGACAUAUCGAAGGUGAUGGAAAAGCUCACCGAAGUCAUUAGUCGACCACACCCGACAAACAGCGGCCUUGACUGGAAGACCCUUAUCCACGUCAUCGUCGAUCGAUACGCAAACCGACUUGAGUUGAUGCAAUAUCUCCUGAAUUUCACCUCAUCAGACCCACAAGAAGUCCUUGAACGAGCAAAACUCACGCAAAUUCAGCUCCGUGUUAUACUUAUGCCGUAUCUAUUAGAUUCCACUGUCGUCCCUAGUGCAGGCACUUCAGGCGUAGAUGCCUUGCAGUGGGCGUCCCCGAUCUUCAGGUUAUGCGCCACAACACAUACUUCCGUGAUAAUAAACCAAAUACUCUUUAUGACGCCUUCGGAACACUUGCUGCUGAAAGCUGUCGAGGACACAACGAGAGAAGUCUGCCGUGUCACCACGAGAAUGUGGGCCGUAGGUGUCAUGAACGGGCUCGACACUCUUUUCCCUAUUGAACUGAAUGGAGAGCAUGAUGUCCUUCAAAUAAUGAAUGAUCGGAGACAAGACAUCGAGAAGCUAAUGUCUUGGUUAGACUGGAGUAUAUGGAUUAAAUGCCGACCUGCUUGCGGCCCAGAGGAGAUUUGUUAUCUUCCUACUUGGCCCGAAGAUGCCCCCAGGCCAAGGCCUCCACAUCCACGUCCACCUCCGCAGGACCCACGGAACAGCACGGAUGCACCAGCAGAAGUACAGGAUCUUGCUGAUCGAAUCAGGCGCCCACCCAAAUGUCCAGUAAUUGCAGAUCCAUUUGUCUUCAUUGAGACAUCAGAGGAAUGGAAGAAGCCUCAACCGAAAUGCAUUAGGCGCCUCUGGCCGUACGAAUUGUGA